UUUAUAAACAUAAACAAAACGCUACGCAAUAAUCCAACCCUGUUAUUUGUUAAGAAAAAAAAAGCCGAAGUUUCUUGCAUUGUUCAUGCAAUUUCGUUGUUUAUUAACAAAUUGUAUUUUAAACAAGUUGGUGGUCAAUUAGUUAUAAAAUAAAAUAAUUAUUAAUAAAAAGUAAAUAAAUUUAUUGUGUAUAAUAUAUAGCCGAUAGAAAAACAACAAAGAAAUAAGAAAGACUAAUUAAAUUGCAUUUAAAAAAACCUCACCUCUUAACAUCUACAUUACCCUGAGGUAUUCUCAACUUUAACAGCAACCAAAAUGCGUACAGUAUUAGCCUUAUUAUUGGCUUUUGUAGCCUUAGCUCAGGCUGUUUCUUUGACAGAUCUUUCCAAAGAAGAAUGGCAUACCUAUAAGUUGGAACACCGUAAAAGCUAUGUCAACGAAAUUGAGGAACGUUUCCGUAUGAAGAUUUUCAAUGAAAAUCGCCAUAAAAUUGCCAAACACAAUCAAUUAUAUGCUCAAGGCAAAGUAUCCUACAAGCUGGGCUUGAACAAAUAUGCCGAUAUGUUGAAUCAUGAAUUCAGAGAAACCAUGAAUGGUUACAACAACACAUUGCGUAACUUAUUGCGUUCUCAAUCUGGUUUAGUGGGUUCCACUUUCAUUACCCCCGCUCAUGUAACUGUACCCAAGUCGGUAGAUUGGCGUCAACAUGGUGCCGUUACUGGUGUUAAGGAUCAGGGUCAUUGUGGUUCUUGCUGGGCCUUCUCCACCACUGGUGCCUUGGAGGGUCAACAUUUCCGCAAAACUGGCGUUUUGGUUUCGUUGAGUGAACAGAAUUUGGUUGAUUGUUCCACCAAGUAUGGCAACAAUGGUUGCAAUGGUGGCUUAAUGGACAAUGCCUUCCGUUAUAUUAAGGAUAAUGGUGGUAUUGAUACCGAAAAAUCGUAUCCUUAUGAGGGUAUUGACGAUUCUUGCCACUUCAAUAAGGCCACCGUUGGUGCCACCGAUACCGGUUUCAUUGAUAUACCCCAAGGUAAUGAAGAGAAAAUGAUGCAAGCUGUUGCCACUUUGGGUCCCGUCUCCGUAGCCAUCGAUGCUUCCCACGAAUCUUUCCAAUUGUAUAGUGAAGGUGUUUACGAUGAACCCGAAUGUGAUGCUGAAAACUUGGAUCAUGGUGUUUUGGUUGUAGGCUAUGGUACCGAUGAAAAUGGCAUGGACUACUGGUUGGUUAAGAACUCUUGGGGCACCACCUGGGGUCAAGAUGGCUACAUUAAAAUGGCUCGUAAUAAGGACAACCAAUGUGGUAUUGCUACUGCCUCUAGUUAUCCUACAGUUUAAAAAGAAUUUUUCUUUUUUAAUUCAUUUUAAUUAAUUUUUCAUUUAUUUAAUCAAAUUUAUCACUUUGCUUUUUCAAUUACAACUUUGUAUUCAUUUUAAAUUCUGCUUAAAUUUAUACUUUUUUUCACUUUUAAAUUUAAUUUAUGUAAUUAAUUUCUAUAUAUGUCUUUUAGUUCUUUUUUUAUAUAUAUAAUUAAAUAAAAGCUUUACUAAGUUUUAAAAGACAUUGAAAAAGUAAAACAAAGAAAAAUAUUUUUUUCUAGAAUUAAUAAUACAUUUUGUAAAUGAAUUAUUUUUCUUUUUAAACUAACGUUUUUGUAUAUGUAUGUUUUAUCUUUAUGUGUGUGUGUAUAUGUAAAUUUUUAAAGAAUUCAUUAAUUUCAACAGAUAAUUUAAAGUUUUAACACUUUUCCAUUUCUUAAAUUUGAACACCAACUACAAACAUCACAUAUACAAAAGGAUUUAAAACCAUGAAACUGAAAACUCAAAUCCGAAACGAUGUCAUAUUAUAAUUUUAAUUUAAACAAAAUAUGUAUAGAACAAUAAAAGUGUAAAGAACAAUAAAAUUAUAAAAAAAAUAUAAA